AAUUUUCCCUCCAGUCGCAUGGAACCCGCCAUCUUGGAUCGGUGGUCUGUGAAAAGCCCGCGCUUUUCGUCAAACCAAACUUUUUUUACUUUUUAAUUUGAUUCUUAAACCGGAGACUAGGAAGUUAAUCUAACAGCCUGCUCUGGUUAAAAUUAAUAAUGGCAACGGUAAAUACCAAGUUAUGUUUUCGGUGGAUAGUGAUUUCAGUAAUAUUGUUAACAAUAAGUGCUAAAAGUCUUGCUAAGUUGUCUGAAAAUAAAACCUCUGCUGAAAGGACUCCGCCGGCCCGGCCGGCCCCCGAACCAGUGAAGACAGUUAACAAAGUGCACGGUGGGUCGGUGGUGCUGUUCGCUGAUGAAGUCAAGCAGACCCUGGAACGGUACCUGUUCGGCAUCUGCCCGCAGAACUUUAAAAUGUCGUUGCUGAACAAGGGGAAUAAGAACAACACAUUCGACAGUUGCGAUGUCGACAGCGAACACAACGACUUGGCUGGAAGACUGGCAGCACUAGCGUUGCGAGCGCACUCGGCGGCGCGCGGCGAAUGCUCGCAGCUCGGCGGGAUGCUCGCGAGCACGUUCUCCGACCUCGCGCGCACCGCUUCCAGCAGACAGAUGCUGAAUGCAGCGAACGAUGCAAACAAGAAGAGGAAACUGUCGAAGAGCCAGAAAGCGAAGAUCCAGGCGAAGCAGCGCACAGCCCUGGCGGUGAAGAAGAAGGCAGCCGCCCUGGCCGCCGCCGCCGCCUCCAAAAUCGCUACCCAAGUUUGAAUAAGAAACUCUAAUUCUAUUAACUAAGUUCAUCAUACUUAAAACAUUAUAAU